GCGCUACUCAGGGGCUAACCUUGCCCCAGGUGUAAGCCUGGUGCUAAAUCUAGAGCACGUCAGUCUUGGAGAUAAGGCAAGGUGCCAAGUUGACACGCGACGACAGUUUUCAGGACGCAAAAGAAAAAAAAAACAAGAAAAAAAAAACGAGGAGCUGCCGUCCAAAUCGUUUGCAACCAAAGACUGACGCCGGUCAAUUAUAACAAGAUUGGACUAACCAUGCCUCCAAUGCGAUUCAAUCAUUUUCUCGCCCUCAUUCUCGGGGUCGGGGUUGCCUGCACUUUAGCCGGCACCGCGCCAGGAAUCACUGUGUCCAUGAGCUUGGAGGACCUUGAUGAGAAGCUCCAGCAAUGUGACGUUGUCAAGGAAAUGAGCGCCGAGAAGGCUGCUCAUUUUGCCCAGACUUCCGCGUCGUCCAUGUCUGCGCUGCUGGACAUGCUAUUUCCCGGAGGCCCCGCCGUCAAUGCCAUUCUCGCAACCUUCUACAUCUCCGGCCCUCCGACUUUCCUACUGGCACUAUGCCCGAAAAACAUCGACCCCUCGUCCCUUUCAACCAUGGUCGCCUUUGCCGUCGGCGGCCUAAUGGGAGACACCCUCUUCCACCUCCUCCCCGAGAUCUUCCUGGGUGAGGACGAGCCCGAUCAAGCCCGCUUCGUCCUCGUCGAACCGAAUCGUAACCUCCUCCUUGGCGUCGGCAUCCUCGUGGGCUUCAUGACGUUUGUAGCCAUGGACAAAGGGCUCCGUAUAGCCACCGGCGGGGCUGGCGGUCACGAUCACAGCCACGGCCAUUCACACGGAGCACACGCGCACGACGCAACUGUCGAGGUCGUCUCUGCUACAUCUGUGGACACCGGCAAGGGUGCGAGGUCGCGAAAGAGUGCCGGUCCCGACAAGGCCGCCGCCAACGGCUCCAAAGAGGUUGCAACUGUCAAGGAGCCCACGCAGCAGGUCAACUCGAGCGGCUUGCUGAAUCUGAUUGCGGACUUUACGCAUAACAUUACCGACGGCCUGGCCAUGUCUGCCUCCUUUUACGCAUCACCAACCAUUGGCGCAACUACAGCACUAGCAGUUGCUCUUCACGAGUGCCCCCACCAAGUUGGAGACUUUGCUCUUCUCAUCCAGUCCGGCUUCAGCAAGUGGUCUGCCAUCGGUCUCCAGUUCGUGACGGCCCUGGGCGCCCUGCUGGGAACCCUGAUCGGUAUCGCGGUCCAGGAGUUCGGCGGGAGCGGCGGAGAACCUGUUCUCAUGGGGGCCGGUCUCUGGGGUACCAGCUUGACGUGGGGUGACAUGUUGCUGCCCUUCACUGCCGGCACCUUCCUGUACGUCGGCACUGUGGCCGCCGUUCCCGAACUACUGGAGACGGAGGCUGGCGACAAGGUGAGGGAGGUGAAGAAGACUUUUGUUCAGUUUGUUGCUGUGGCACUCGGCGCUGGCAUUAUGCUCUACAUUUCCUGGCACUAAGGAAGUUUCUGGACGGAUAUUGGGAACUGGAAACAACCAAAGGCUAUAAACGAGUCAAGGAACAUUGUGGGCGCGCGGGACGUUGCAUGUAUCGUGCGUCAACAGGAUAGACGGAGCAUAUUUGCAUCAUAAAAGGGGACUAGACGCGAGAGAUACCAUGAAAACCAUCAUGCAGGUACGCAAAUCGAUUUUUAUUCAUGGUCUUGUGCUCGAUUAUCUCCCCUUACCUUUGAUCAAAUGUGGUAUGAUGCUGAGAGUAUUGCUAUCUGGCAUAUUCAAUGGACAUUGACCGCUCUCUGCUUUGCACCUCAAAAUUGCCUCCGUCCUUCGGAACAAAUAGAC